GGGAAACGGUCUGUAUAAAGUCUCCGGGCGUGCAGAUCUGCCACAUCGAGAGACAGCGCAGUCCAAGGUAACACAGGAGAUCUACCCCGGGUAAAGAUAUACACGACCAUGGUGAAGGGAAAGGCAUGGGUGUUGGCGAAGGAUUUCGAGGGGGAGCCCACGGAGGCCAAUUUCCGCCUCAUCGAGGAAGAGAUUCCGGCCCCCAAGCAGGGAGAGUUUGUGACUGAGGCAGUAUGUCUGACUGUUGAUCCAUAUAUGAGAACUGGCAUGGCUGGGUUGGCUGUAGGGAAAGUGCUGAUGGGAGAACAAGUCUCAAGAGUGACUGAGAGCAAGAACAGCGAGUACCCUGUUGGAGCACUCGUCCAGUGUUACAGUGGGUGGCGGAGCAGGUCGUUGGUCAACCCCAAAGAAAACCCCGAGGCUCUCAAGCUUCUUAAAGUGCCCAACCUCGGUGGCAAAGACCCGUCGAUAGCUCUUGGAGUCAUUGGGAUGACAGGAGUGACGGCGUAUCUAGGUUUCCUGGAGGUGUGUCAGCCCAAAGCUGGGGACACGGUGCUGGUCAGCGGGGCAGCAGGGGCAGUGGGCAGUGUGGUUGGACAGAUCGCCAAGAUCAAGGGUUGCAGGGUGAUUGGGUCUGCCGGAUCCAAGCAGAAGUGUGAUUGGCUGAAGAGUCUUGGGUUUGACUACGUGUUCAACUAUAAGGAAGUGAAACUGGACGACGCACUCAAGGCUGCUGCACCAAAGGGCAUCGACUGUUUCUAUGACAACGUCGGCGGUGAAAACGCCUACCGCGUGCUGGAGCACAUGAACAACUACGGACGGAUGUGUGUGGGUGGGGCCAUUUCCACCUAUAACACCGGCAAGGAACCAUUGGUGCCGUCACCAUUCCUCACCAUCCUCAUAAAGAGACUAAAAGUACAGGGAUUCGUCAUAUUCGACUGGGACUCCAAAUUUCAGGAGAGCAGAACCCAGCUUCUUAAAUGGGUAAACGAGGGCAAGCUCAAGUACAGGGAGACGGUUCAUAACGGAUUUGACAACAUGCCAAAGGCAUUCGUGUCCCUGUUCUCAGGAGCUAACACCGGCAAGAUGAUCGUGAAGGUUUAGCCCUAUCUACCCCAGCAUAAGCAUUGCCAAUAUGUGCACGGGUGCGAUGGUGUAGCCCAUUUCUAGUGUCCAACCCCACCCCCACCCCCCACCCACCCCGUGAAAUUGCUGGAAUAUUGCAAUACGUGGCGUACUUCAGUGAUUUCACUGAGAAAAUAUAUUCCGUUCUGAUUUAUGCUUAUUGCAAAGUAACUGCUUGCUUGUCCAUUCUAGCGAUUAUGUAAUAAGAACAUACUUGUAGGUUGUUAUAUUUUGCUGUGUUUCUUUACAAAGGCCAUGCCUGACUAUAGCCAUAUGGAAAAAAAUCGGUUCUUCUUUAACUUCUUUAAAGUAGUAAAUAUUACAGGCCAUUACAAAUUAAUUAGAGUCAUAAGAAAAAAAUGAGUGUUCUGUAACUUCUGUUAAGUAGUAAAUAUGAUACACCCUAUUUUACUAAGAAUCUGUCUCCAAUGAAUUAAUGUUCCGAGGUUCAAGACUGGAAUUCAAGACUCAGAUGAUCCACUUGGUACACAUAAUGCGUUAUUCCUCGUAUCUCGGAAGCCCAUGGGUAUUCACGGUUAGAAUUACGUCCCAGCAACCCAUGCUGGUUGUAAGAGGCGACCGAAUGGAUCGGGUGGUCAUGCUCGGUGACAUCGUUGACUUGGUGUCACCGUAACCCGGCGGUGUGUAUCGUUGCUCAUAAUGUCAGUCACUGGAUUGCCUGGUCCAGAAACGGCAGACCAGACUCUCAGAGUAUCUUUUGUGUUAAUGUGUGAGUAUCUCACAUGGUUUAUCAAAGUUGUUUUCAGAAGUAUAUUUGUAUGUCAUUGUACACUAUCUGUUGUGAGUAUCUCACGUUCUAUGUUAUUGUUUUCAGAAUAAGUUUGUAUGCUAUUGUAUUCAAUCUGUUGUGAUGCCAAUCAGAAAUUAGAAUGGAUUAUUUGUCAAAUGAAUUAUAUCUUUAUACAAUAAAAUGUGUUUUCCGA